UCAAGAUGGCGGCCUUUCGGACUGUUCCAGAGAGACUUUUGAGACCAGUGGCGCGCAGCAUAUCGGCAAGAAAUGCCGAGAUUAUUUCUGUGAAACCUACCUUCGGUAAACCAAGAAUGUAUCGUGCCGCUUUGUGCAAGGAACUUGGUAAACCUCUUGUCGUAGAGCAGGUCCCUGCAGCGGAGAAACUCAAGGCCUCUCAGGUGAGGAUUGCUGUCCACAGCUGUGGUAUCAACUUUGCUGACAUACUUAUGUGUCUGGGAAAAUAUCAAGAUAAACCAAAUCUACCAUUUAUUCCAGGUGCUGAGAUAGCUGGUGAAGUGAUUGAAACUGGAGAAGGAGUAGAACAGUUAUCAAAGGGUGAUAGAGUGUUUGGUCUGAUACCAAUUGGUGGUUUUGCUGAGGAAUGCAUUGCAGAACAGAGCGGUCUGUGGAAAAUUCCUUCUAGUGUUGAGUAUAGUUCAGCUGCAGCACUUGCAGUGUCAUAUGGUACGGCAUAUGUUGGACUCACAUCCAAGUCAAACACAAAACCUGGUCAAACAGUGCUAGUGACUGCUGCAGCAGGAGCAUUGGGAUUGGCAACAGUUGAUUUAGCAGCAAAUGCACUGGGAGCAAAGGUUAUUGGAGCUGCAAGUAAGGACAAGCUUGAUGUUGUUACAACAAUGGGAGCGUCAGCUACAAUUGAUUACAACAAAGACAGUAUCAAAGAUAAGAUCAAAGAACUGACAGGUGGAAAAGGUGCAAAUGUUAUCAUGGAAGCUGUUGGAGGAAAAGUAUUUACAGAGUGUCUGAAAUGCAUUGCAUGGGGAGGUGUUAUUCUUCCUGUUGGGUUCGCUUCAGGAGAAAUUCCUCAGAUCCCAGCAAAUAUUCUCUUGGUGAAAAACUGCUCAGCAGCUGGUUUGUUUUGGGGAGCCCACAUGAAAUAUAACCCUGCAUUACUGAGAGAUUCUGUAAAUAAAUCACUGGAGUUUCUUGAACAAGGCAAGCUUAGAGGACCACAUGUUUCUGGAGAGUUUGAAUUAGACCAGGCAAAUGAAGCAUUCAAGUUUGUGAUGGAAAGGAAAUCAACAGGAAAAGUGUUGAUAAAAACAAGAUAGACAGGUUGAUUAACCCUUUACACCCUAACAUCAGUAUGCAUAUUCUCCAUACUGUUCUCUUUACAUUUCUCAGGGGUCUGAAAAGGAGAAUUUGUUUAACAGUCAAGAGUUCUUUAGUUGUUGAUCAUUUCCUUUAUUCUCAUGACCUUAAUGUUUGAUUCAGGGCUGAUAUUGUAAGAGAAAUUAGAUGCCAGUCACUCUUAGGAGAUAAAGGGUUAAAAUAAUUAAAAUUGAGAGGAUAGGACAUUUCAUACUCCAGUUUGCUCUACAGCUGCAGUGACAUUAAACUUUUGUUAAGUUAUCAAUGUACAUCCAAAGGUGUUCACUAGUUGCAAAGCUCUCUCCAAAACCAUUGACUUCUUGAUUGCUGUAUUUUGAAAAAUAUAGUAAUGAAUCUUUGUAAGUUUUUUGAAAAGUUGACUUAAUAUGUUUGGUGUUUUUAGAACAAAUGGUGAAAUACAACAGUAUCGUAUAGUAAUAUUUGAAACGAUCUAGAAGAUGACAUGUAAAUUAAUCCUUUGAAAAUACAAUUUCUAAGAAAAACAAUUUGUUAAUAGAUAGCUGAAAGCAAACUGAUAGA